AUGCCUUUCGUCAUCGACCUCAAGGGACAGACCGUCGUCGUUACCGGUGGUAACCGUGGUAUCGGCCUUGCCAUCAGCGAAGCCGUCGCUGGCGCCGGUGCCAACGUCGCCAUCCUGUACCGAUCGCACCCCAAGGCGCAGGAAGCUGCCGAGCAGGUCGCCAAGAAGUUCGGCGUCAAGGUCAAGGCCUACCAGUGCGAUGUCGGCGAUGCUGACCUGGUCAAGAAAACGAUCAAGCAGGCUCAGGAUGACCUCGGAAAGGUGACCGGUGUCGUUGCCAAUGCCGGUGUCUCCGUUGUCAAGCCCGCCGUCGAGCUCACCUCGGACGACUUCCGCUACGUCUACGACACCAACGUUCUGGGUGUCUUCAACGUGGCCAAGGCGGCUGCCCAGCUCUGGAUUGAGUCUGGCUACAAGAAGGGCUCGAUCGUCAUCACGUCGUCCAUGUCGUCCGAGAUCUACAACCAGAAGGGUCUCAACGAACCCUUGACCCAGGUCUUCUACAACUCGUCCAAGGGCGCCGUUACCAACCUCGGCAAGUGUCUCGCUGCUGAGUGGGCCACCCAUGGCAUUCGUGUCAACAUCCUCGAGCCUGGUUUCUGCAACACGGAGCAGACGAGCGGCAUGGACAAGAGCAUCCGCGACUUCCAGGCCUCCUCCAUCCCUCUCGGCCGCUUCUCGGAGCCCCACGAGCAGGCCGAGCCUUGCGUGCUCCUGUUGAGCGACAAGUCGUCGUACAUGACCGGCUCGGUCAUCCGCCCCGACGGUGGUUUCACCAUCUGGUAA